CCGGUGGCAGCCGCCCUCGCGACAGUCCCCGCGCCGCCACCCGCCGUUGGGGCUGGGACAACGGCGAGCCAACCGCCGGGCUGGUGGCCGGAGGGCUGGUGGCACCCGGGGCUGGCACGGUGGUGGCACCCCGUCGGUGACAAACCUGCCGCCAUCCCCGAUGGCAGCACCUCGGGGGUGGCACUGUGGUGGCACUCCCCGGUGACAGCUCCGUCGCCGGUGCCAGCGCUCCGUGGCCAUGCUGCGGUGCCACGUAGUCGCCGCCCGCAUUCCCGGGGCCACCGGCUUCGGUCCCGGUGUCCUGCUGUCCGUCUGCUUCCGAGGUGUCCCCAGGAGAACGCAGGUGAUGCCCGAGGAGCGCAGCCUCACCUGGAAUGAGGAGCUGGUGUGGCCGCUGGACAUGUGUCCCCUGAGUGCCACCGACACGCUGGGCCUGCGCCUGCGGCGCGGGGACUGCCCGCUGCCCAUGGGGGACCUGGGUGCCACCACGGUGUCCUUGGACCAGUUGGUGGCCAACCCCAACCUGCCGAUGGCCGUCAGGGACAUCCCGCUGCUGGACUACCGGGAACGGCCCACGGGGUGCACCGUCACCCUCCGCUGCCACCACGACCCGCACGGCGCUGCUGGAGAUGUCCCCAUUGUCACCCCCGGGCACGGCCAGGUGGUCCCGGAGGUGGCGGUGACACCCGCCGAGAGGAAAGAGGAUUUCCAGGUCCGGGUGAGGGUGGUCAGGGCCCGGCGGCUGCGGGGCAAUGACAUCCAGGCCGUGGUGAGGGUGCGGAUCGGGAGGCAGAAGUUCCGCAGCCGCCGCCGCAGCGGGAACAACCCCUACUUCAACGAGGUGUUCUGCCAGGAUUUCCGCCUGACCCCCGAGCAGCUGGUGGCACUGCCCAUCCACAUCCAGGUGCUCCAUUCACCAAACAUUUGCACCAAAGCCGUCAUCGGCACCUUCGAGCUCGACAUCGGCACCGUCUACUCUGCCCCAGGGCGCAGCCUGAGCGGGAAGUGGCUGAGCCUGAGGCCACCGCAGCACCUCCAGGGCCGCUCGCAGGGUUUGCUGCAGGUCAGCCUGGCCGUGCGCCGCGCCGGCGAGCGCGCCCCGGAGCAGCAGGUGCCGGCAGGGGACGAGGACGUGGAGGCCAACCUGCUGCGGCCACCGGCCUGCGCCACCACCCUGCAGAUCCGCGUGUUCCGCGGCGAGGACCUGCCGCGGGCGGAGGCGCCGUGGCCGCGCGUGGGCCGCCCCACGGGCCCCCCGAAGGUGUCGGUGCGGGUCAGCUUUGCGGGCAGGACGCUCUGCACCCGCGGGGUGCCCACGGACACCAGCCCCGAGUGGAACGAGGUUUUGUUCUUCCCCCUGCGGCUGCCCCCCAUCUGUGACGAGAUCGUGCUGGAAAUCCUGCGUGGGUCCUGCCAGACCAAAGCCAUCGGCAGGGCCACCCUGAGGCUGUCCCAAAUCUCCCGGGACCCCGACGAGCUGGAGGAGGGGACCCCCGGGUUCUUCCCCUCCUUCGGGCCCAGUUUCCUGCCCUUCUACGGCCCCCGGCCCGACGCUGCCCGGGACUCGGGGCCGGUUUACCGGGGCCGGCUGCUGCUGGAGCUCUGCACCCACGCGGGGACUGUGCCCCGGUGCCAGCGGGACGCCGUGGCCGCCGUGGACGCCGAGCGGGCGCAGAGCCGCCCGCCCCGCUGCCAGCUGGGGCUCUGUGGGGUUUUCUACUCGGGCACCGCCGUGCCAGGCGGCCCCGAGGGGCUGAGCCUGGAGCUGGGCAUCGGUGCCACCGCGGCCGCCACCGCGCCGGUCCCGCCCGCCUUCGACGGGAACUUCUACCACCACCUGCCCUGGUUUGGGGACAAACCCGUGGUCGCUGUCACCUCACAGUGGGAGGACACCGGACACCGCUGGGACAGCCUGAACCUGCUGCGAGCCCUGUGCCAGCGCCUGGAGGGGAACCUGGCCGAGCUGCGGGGACACCGCGGGGACACCGCGAGGGACGUGGGGACGAAGCUGCUGCGGGAACUGGGGCAGGACUGCGAGGCCGCCCUGCGCUGCCUGGAGGAGCAGCCCGCCCUGACCGCCCUGGACCAGCAGCUCCGCAGCUGCCGCCGCCUCCUCCUGCGGCGGCUGCGGGCCGAGGCCGGGGCCGGUGAGCGGCACGGUGACACUCUGGCGACAGCGGCCCGGGGGUGGCUGCGACGCGCGGCCGCGCUGGCCGUGGAGCCCCAGGCCGGUGUCCCCGACGUGCAGCUGUGGCUGCUGCGGGGCCACCUCCGGGUGGCCUCGGCCCGGGUGGCCGCCACCGAUGUCCUGUACUCGCCGCGCUGCCCCGGCGCCUGCGGCCGCUUCUGCGGGAGGAUCGUCACCCUGUUCCUGGGCUGUGGGCACCGCCCGCCGCAGGUUCGGGUCCGGCUGUGGCUCGGGCGGGUGACCGAGAGCGGAGAAGUGUCCCGGCUGCUGGCGGGGAGGCUGCGCUUCUACAGCGAGACGUACGAGGAGCAGCCGCGGCUCUGGGGAAAAUGGGGGUCCCGGCGGCUCCGGGGGCUCCCCGCGUUCUGCGGCGGCUCCGGCCGGGCCGCGCCCCCCCGGGACGAGCUGCGGCCCCCCCGGGACGAGCUGCGACCCCCCCGGGGCUGGCGCUGGGACGGGCCCUGGAGCGUGGAGCGGCCGCGGCGGCUGCGGGCCGAGGGCAGAGCGGUACCGGACGAGCUGUACGAGAACCAGAGCCGCGAGCCCGGCGGGGACUGGGCCAGCACGGCCACCACGGACACCGCGGGAGUGGCGGUGCCACCGAAGGAGGAGGUGGCGUGUCCCCAGGGCUGGCGCGUCACCUGUGACUGGCACGUGGACACGGAGGGGACCGAGGAUGAGGACGGUUGGCAGUACGCGGUGGGCACGGAGGAUGGCAGCGCCCCGGCAGCCUGGCACGGAGAGGGACAGCAGUGUCACACCCUCCGGCGGCGGCGCUGGGUGCGGAUCCGCCACAGCGACAGCGACAGCGACAGCGGGGCACAGGAGCGCGACACGGACACACGCGGCACCCUGGACCCCGAGGAGCUGUGGGAGGACGAGCCGUGGCAGCCCGAGUGUUUCUGGGGCUGCACCUUCCGCCCCCCGGUCCCGGCCGGUCCCCGGUGCCGCCGGCGGCGCUGGCAGCGCGGCCUGGUGCCCGCCGAGCCCGCGGCCGUGGCACCGCUCUUCCUGCUCCAGGGAGCCCCGGACACCGAGGAACCGGCCCGGGACAAUCCCGCUGUGGCCCCGCAGCUGCCGGGGGGCUCCGCCCUGACCCCCCGUCAGGAGCCGCCGCUCUUCAUCCUCUGCACCUUCCAACGGCCCGGCCGCUUCCAGCUCCGCUGUUACAUCUUCCAGGCGCUGGAUCUGGCGCCCGGCAGCUCCAGCACCUCCAUAGAUGCCACCGCGCAGGUGUCGUUCGUGUCGCGGAGCCAGAGCACGCGGGCGGUGCGCGGGGCGCAGGAGCCGCGCUGGGAGCAGACGCUGCUCUUCCCCCGGGUGCCGCUCUUCGGGGACCCCCGGAGCGUCCGGGAGGACCCCCCCGCCGUGCUGGUGGAGGUGUGGGACCGGCGGGGACAGGGCCCCGCGCUGUUCCUGGGCCGCUGCGUGUGCUCCCCGCGGGUCUGGCUGGACGCGGCGCUCCGGGAGCCGCCCCCGCUCCAGCCCCGGGCGCUGCGGGGCCCGCGGGGCGCGGCCGGGGAGCUGCUGGCGGCCUUCGAGCUGCUGCAGGAGCCCGAGGACGGGUCCCCGGUUCCGCUCAGCCCCCCGCCCCUGAGCAAGGACGGGUUCGGGAUCCCCCCGGAGCUGCGGCCGCGCCUGCAGAGGGUGGCACUGGAGGUGCUGGCCUGGGGGCUGCGGGGGCUGCGCGGGGCCGUGCGGGAGCCGCGGCUGGAGCUGCGCUGGGGGGAGCAGAGCCUGUGGACCCCCCCGAUCCGGGACAUGGCCACCAACCCCAACUUCCCCAGCAGCGCCCUGCUGCUCACCCUGGCUGUCCCCGAGGAUGAGCGCUUGGUGCCGCCCAUCCGCCUGCGGCUCUGGGACCGGGCGGGCACCGAGCGGCGGCGGCUGCUGGGCCAGGCCCGGGUCGGGGACCUGGGCCGGUACCGGUGUCCCCCGCCCCGCCCGGAGCCACUGCUGGGCUCCGGCGAUGGCUGUCACACGGUUGUGUCAAUGCCAGAGGAGCUGGAGCCCCUUUCCGUGCCCGUCCCCUCCAGCCCCUGCAGCCGCUGGUGGUCCCGGUUCCUGGCGGGGGCUCAGGAUCUGCUCGGCCGCCUCAGGAACAAGUGGGCUGAGGACCAGGAGGAGGAAGAGGAGGAGUACGAAGGGGAGGAGCAGAGGGACUGGUGGAGCAAAUUCUACGCGUCCAUGGAGGACAAAAACCCCAAAUCUCUGAGGGGAAACAACAGGGACAGGCUGAGGAUUUACAGCUCCGAGCUGGAGGCGGUGCCCGAGUUCGAGGGGCUGCAGGACUUCUGCCACUCCUUCCCCCUGUGCCAACCCGGCCGUGCCCCCGCGCCCGUGGGCACCUUCAAGGGGCUUUUCCGUAUCUACCCCGUGCCCGAGGAGGCCGGAGCGGCCCCGGCCCCGCGCUGCUUCCAGCGGCUGCCGCCCCGCCAGCCGCAGCCCUGCCUGGUGCGCGUCUACAUCGUGCGGGCCUUCGAGCUGUCCCCCCGCGAUGUCACCGGCCUGAGCGAUCCCUACGUGCGGGUGGCGCUGGGCAAGAAGACGUUGGGACAGCGGGACCAGUACGUGCCCAACACGCUGGAGCCCGUCUUUGGCAGGAUGUUCGAGCUGAGCGCCACCAUCCCCCUGGAGAAGGACCUGCGGGUGACAAUCCUGGACCGCGACAAAGUGCCCCCGGACCAGGAGAUCGGCAGCACCACCAUCGACCUGGAGAACCGGCUGCUGGCACCGUGCCGCGCCCACUGCGGGCUGCCCACGCGGUACCGCGCGUGCGUGUCCCGGCCGGCACCGGGGACACGGGGAGGGAGGGGUGGCACGGAGCGGGCACAGAGGGCCGGGGGCGGGCACGGGGGUCGCUGCCAGCCCCGGUGCCACCGGCCUGUCCCCAGCGCGGGUCCCUCAUGCUGGCGGGACCAGCUGUGCCCCAGCCGGGCCCUGGAGCUCCUGGCGGGCACCCGGGGGCUGCCCCCGCCCCGCUACAGCCGCGGGGGCACCGCCCUGAGCCUGGGCGGGCACCGCUUCGAGCUGUGCCACUUCGAACGGGGCCACCCCCCGAUGCCACACUCGGGGUCCCCCCGGGAGCGUCUGGCCCUGCACGUGCUGAACCUCUGCGGGCUCGUCCCGGAGCACCUCGAGACCCGCGGGCUGCGGAGCCACCGCCAGCCCGGCCUGGAGCAGGGUAAGGUGCAGAUGUGGGUGGACAUUUUCCCCGCCAGCCUCGGGCCCCCCGGGCCCCCCGUGAACAUCGACCCCCGCAAGGCCGAGGGGUACGAGCUGCGCUGCGUCGUGUGGAACGUGCGGGACACGGACCUUGGGGACAUCAACCUGCUGGGCCAGCGCAUGAGUGACAUCUACGUGUCCGGGUGGCUGGACGGGCUCCCCGAGCAGCGGCAGCGCACCGACAUCCAUUAUCGCUCCCUGGACGGCAGCGGCGCCUUCAACUGGCGCUUCGUGUUCCCCUUCGAGUUCCUGGCGGCGGAGAAACUGUGCGCCAUCCGCCGCAAGGAACACGCGUGGAGUUUGGACGAGACGCUGCUGAAGGUGCCACCCAAGCUGAUCCUGCAGGUGUGGGACAAUGACAAGCUCAAGGCGGACGAUCUGCUGGGGAUCCUGGAGCUGGAGCUGAUGCGGCUGCCCCGCCCGGCCCGCAGCGCCCGCCUGUGCCGGGGCUCGCCGGGGGAGCUGCCCUGGCUGUCCCGGGCCUGGCUCUCGGUGUCCCGGUUCUCCGUGUCCCGGUUCUCCCGGUGCCGGUUGUCCCGGUGCUCGCCGCUGAACCUGUUCCGCAGCCGGAGGGCGCGGGGCUGGUGGCCCUGCACCCUGCAGGAGGAGGAGGGCGGCCAGCGGCUCUCGGGGAAGCUGGAGCUCAGCCUGGAGCUGCUGACGGCGCGGGAGGCGGAGGAGCGCCCGGUGGGGAAGGGUCGGGAGGAGCCCAACCAGCACCCGCCGCUGCCCGAGCCCCGGCGCCCCAAGUCCUCGUUCCUGUGGCUGCGGUCCCCGUUGAGCCUCGUCCGUCACGGAGUCCCGCGGCGUUACCGGCUGUGCCUCGGGCUGGGGCUGUUGGUGUUCCUGCUGCUGCUGCUGCUCCGCUCCUUCGUCCCGCUGGCAGCGGCCCCGCAGCGCCCCGGGGUGCCCCCUCAGCCCCCGCAGCGUCCCGGGGUCCCCCCUCAGCCCCCCGUGUCCCCCUAA